AUGCCAUUGGCGGUAGCGUCGCCUUCAUCUACGGGUCAUUGUCAGUCGUCGCAUUCGUGUUUGUGUUUUUCUUCGUCCCCGAGCUGCGUCAACGAAGCCUGGAACAGAUUGACGAGAUGUUCAAUGAGAAAUUGCCCACUCGGGGCUUUGCGUCAGACAUAUCUACAACACUUCACCAAGAACAGCCGUGGCACCAUGGAGUCAAGCACCCCUGAUACAGAAGCCAACAGCAUGGCUUCCUCUCCGGAAAAGCAGGAGACAGAGUUGUCCGAUUGGGCCACCCAUCCAUCCAACGCCCAAAACUGGAGUUUGGCCAAAAAGCUAUACAACACAUCAGUCCCAUCCCUCCUUUGUCUGCUUAUAUCCUUUGGCCUGGCCAUCUAUUCACCAUCCCACGCCCGUGUUCAGGAGGACUUUCACAUCAAUAACACCCUUUCGCUCCUCCCAUUCACAUUAUAUGUCUACGGCCUGGCGUUUGGCCCUAUGAUCGCCGCUCCUUUGAGUGAGACCUUUGGGCGCCGCUUCGUCUACAUCAUCAUGACUCCACUCGCAAUGUUGUUUAUUCUAGGUGCCGGCUUUGCCCACAACCUCGCUACCCUUGCUAUAUGCCGCUUGUUGGGUGGCAUCCUCUGCUCCGCACCUCUUGCCGUAGGCGCUGGAACCAUGAUGGAUGUCUGGUCGGGCCCGAAUACCAAUCGCGGGGUGGUUGUGUUGAUGGGAGUCGCUUUCCUGGGGCCCGCUCUGGGAUCCCUCGUGGGUGGAUGGAUCGCCGAAUACAAGGAUUUCCGAUGGUCUCAAUGGACAACUUUGUUCCUCGGAGCGGCCCUAUGGGUGUAUUCAAUGGGUGCCCAGGAGACGUACGCGAUCCCUAUCCGCCGCCGCCUAGCCAAGAAGAUGGGAAUACCUCCUCCUCCAAAGCCGAUUCCCGAUGGUCUAGCGGGAAUCAAAGUGCUCAUGACAGUCACGCUGGCGCGACCUCUCUACAUGCUGAUCACCGAGCCGAUCGUCACCCUCUGCUCCCUCUACUCAUCCCUGAACUUUUCCGUACUCUUUUGCUUCCUGGCCUCGGUGCCGCUGAUAUACAGCAAUAACUAUGGCUUUUCGCCGGGCCAGUCCGGACUGGCCUUCAUUGGCAUCGCGGUGGGUUGCAUCAUUGGUGCGGCGGUAUUGAUCAUCAUCGACGGAUACACGUUAUCCAAACACCGUUCGCGACACCCGGGGGAGCCAGCACCUCCGGAACGCAUGCUUGUGGCUGCGAUGGCAGGAAGUCCCCUGAUGCCUGCGGCAUUAUUCUGGUUUGCCUGGACCUCGCAGCCGGGGAUUCAUUGGAUGAGUAGUAUCAUCGCCAUGGCGCUCUUUGGUUGUUCGAACAUUAUGAUCUUCGUCUCAACGAUGUUAUACCUUACCAAUGUGUACGGAGCCAAAUUUGGGGCCUCAGCUCUGGCGGCGAACGGCCUGCUACGAUACUCUGUGGGCGGCUCUUUUCCCUUAUUUACCAUUCCAAUGUACAAUAAUCUUGGUUACACCUGGGCAUCCAGCCUGCUCGGUUUCAUCGCCCUCGCCUUUGCCCCUCUGCCUUGGAUCUUUUAUCGGUUCGGGACAAAGGUCCGGAAAGCCAGCGCUUAUACAGCGUGA